AUGAGUUUGGCGGCAUUCCGAGGACAGUCAAAUGGGUUAGACUUCGAUGCGACAAUUCUUGAGUUCGUGAAUAUAUAGUUGUGUGAAUAUAAAUUGUAUGAUACUCCGUUUUUUCGUUUAAUAGAUCGUUUCAGUUACUUUUUCCUCCGAAUGUGCCAAUAUCGACGUCUGUUGAAGCGUGAUUAAAAAUGUCGCGAAUGUCGGAGAAAAUACGCGAAAUUUUAGGCUACGGCGAUAGUAAAAAAGUAACUGAGCAAAAGAAAUGUGUAUCAGAACUGUUGAAUUUGUACCAGAAUAAUGAAGCCCUUAAAGAGAUCUGUCACCACACGGAACAAAGAAGUUGCAGAAUUAUCAAUUGGUGUUAUAUUAUGCAUAUUGCUCAUAAGCUGGCUCUCAGUGAGGCUGAUAGACCUGGCAAAGAAUCAAUUAAGAACAAUGAGAGACAAGCUGUCAUCAGGCUGAUCAUCAAUACUGUCCGGCAUUCGUAUGAGAAGUCGACUGAGCUUUUGAAAAGUAACGAGCUAAUACCUCUGGUAUUACAAAUAUUAGACUCCCAACUAUACAUUCACUAUCAUGACACAUACUUGGGAAUACUGGUCAAAUACAUAUUGCCUAAGAAUAUGGAUUAUAGCGAUAUCACAGCAAGUCAGUGGAGAGAAUUGCUGGUGGUUUGCAAGAAGUUGUAUAAAAAAAUGCAACCGAAGAAGCAUAUUGUGUUAGAUGCAUUGCAGAUGAUCGUCGAGUAUUCCUUCUCGCACACCAACUUGUUGGCUGAUGUAAAGGACCUCCCGUUGUUCCUAGAGAACAUCUUCGGGGAUACGAAGAAUACGAACGAUGAGCAGUUGAUCGAAUCUUUCUACAAGCUCGCUAACAAUGUGUACAGGCAAAUCGCAACAGAAUCCCGAAUUACACUGUGCAAGUUCAGCGAGACCAUACUGAUGGAUAUGCUGCAUUUGAAUGGCUCCGAGGAGAAGUACAGAUUUCUGCUGGUUAUCCUACAGAUCCAUCAUCCGGAAGGUAUCUCCAAGUGCGACGAUGGCGCUUACGCUCACGACUGGAACAAAUGGAGGGACUUGCUGGGCAGCAUGUACUUGCUCAUCCAGGAGAAUUGCAAAUUGGACGUACAAUGGCACGGCUUUGUCCAGUUCGCCAGCGAAGUUGUGAAGCAGAUGCUCGACAACGUGGGUAACGUCGCAGUCUUCCCCGACGCGAAUUACGGUUUCCCGUCGGCCAAACGCAGACGGAUAAACAAGCUGACGAGCAUCGUUGAUCUGAUAACGGAAAGCAAUCCCGAGGAAGCGUGGCCUUGGAUAAGGAUAACGACGGAAACUCUGAAGAAGUACCCGCAGUGCCUCAGAUCGCAAGAUCUCGCGCCCUUGUUGCAGCAUCUGACAGAGCUCGCUCGUCCCUUGUCACGGAUAACCGACUUGAAUGAAUCCAUCAUGGACAACCUGUACAGAUUCGCCACUGUUCUUAUGGAGAACGAGAUGUCCACCGGGGAGGUGCAGGACGCCACGAUACAUUGGAGCAAGAUCUGGGACAUGUUAUUGAGAUCUUUGGGAACGAAUCAGAACGAGGAAUCAGGCCACGCGCUGGCCCGCUGUUUCAUAAAGCACAACAGAAUGCCGAAUGCAAACGCCUUCCUCAGACUGUACCUGACCAGGACGAUCCGCUGGACGCCGAACAACGUGCGUACGCUUCUGCUGCUGUGCAGGCGCGUCUCCUUACCGGAGGACGCGUCCGCGUCGGUCCUCUAUCCGUCGCCCUCGUCGACGCCGAUCUGCGACAGAACGCGCCUCCUGGAAUGGUUGCUGAGCGCCGCACCCUGGCAGAAGCUGGCCCGACUGCCCGUCGUAAUCGACGAUAUCUGCGUUCUUUCGGUGGAUCUCGUCCUGAGCUCUCGCUGCCGGCAGAACAUCAGGUCAGACCUCGUGUCAGACUUGGGUGAUCCGAAAUGUUUGCGGAACCAUGAAGAGACGCGCAGAGUCGUCUCAGCGCCGCGGGAUGUUUAUCCGACGGACCUCUCGCGACUCUGCUACUCGUUUUUGGCUUUCAAGGCGGAGUUGUUGGCGUGCACAAAGGACGAGCGCGUUGAAACGGCACCCGGAACGAUCACCGGCCCUGUCCCGUACGUGCAGGAGACGCUCGGCUUCCUGAAGCAGCAACUGAACGACUUUCUCCAAGAGGAGGGCUCCAACGCCGAAGUCUACGUCGUUCUGACGAAGCUCGCGCUCCUGGCCAGAUUGCUGUCUACUCUGAUGCAACUGGCCGUUCUGACGGAGGAUUGUCCGCUGAUCGACGUACUGGAGAAGCACCUGGCGAGCAGCUUCCAGACCUUGGCGAGCAUCAGCUCCAAGUGCAAAUUCUCGUAUCUACUGAACGUGAUCAAGGCGCUGAGCGCACUCUACGGAGGCGCGUACGGCACGAGUGUCGCCAAGAUAAUCGUCUCAACGUCGACGGGAAACAUGCUGAGGAACAUAUUCGAAUUGUUGAACGUCAAUGACACCGACAUGGCCGAUUACCAGCGUGGCUCCGAGUAUUACGACGAUCCCAGCGCUUUCCAGCAGAGACGACGAUCCGUCGGUAAUGCGAAGACGCCGUCGUCUGCUGCUGCUGCUCCUCGCGAAGGCAUGAUCCGCCUGUGGGUGGUCGAGGCCCUAACGUCUUUUUGCGCGUUGCACGUCGGCAUGGGCGACCAUCCGGACGCGCUGCAGAUCAAGAUAAUGAAGAACUUCUUGCUCACGUGGCAGGACUGCGCGAACCCCGUCGAGCUGGGGAUGUCCUUGACGAUCUUGGAGUCGUUCGCUGGACACGAGCAGAGCGAGAUUCACUGGAAACACGCGGACGAGUCGCUGGAGUUUCUUCUGAAGGUCUGCCGGAAGCCCAAGGACGGGGUGUCGGUGCGCAGGCUGCUGGGUCUCCUGCCGUUUUUCUUCGAGUACGCGCCGAGGAGGAUCAUCGAGACGUUGUCGGCGUUCUUCAUGCACGCUCGCGAGCGGAACUGCGGCGUGUCCGUCCACGCUGACUACAUGAGGUGCAUCUGCGCCGUCGUACGGAUCGAUCCGGGCUUCUCGUGGAGCUCCGACCCUUCGGCGGAGGUCACGAUGAUGCUGGACAGCGUCCUCGACUACAUCGGCCAUCCGUCCUUCGUGCUGCGCGCGCAGGCGGUGCGAUGCCUGCAGGAGUUCAUGUCCCUCGGCGACGUCGCUUACAUGUGGAAGAAGUGGAUGUUCAUCAAGGUGGAAGAGACGGUGCUCAAGUUGCUCGAGGUGGACGAGCAGGCGAGCUCGGAUUCGCGAAGCUGCCUGAAGACGCGCCAGCUGGAAGACGAGAGGGAGACCAAGACGGCCACUUCGUUGAUGGCUUUGGCUUCCGUGGCGUGUAUCAGCGGAGUUCUCCAAGGCCGUGCUUUGAGCGUCAUGCUGGAGCUGACGGUGAAUAGAGAAGUGAAGGCGCAGAAAGUGCAGAAGGUCCUCUCGGCGGCGAUGCAGCAGACCAUGUACACUUCGCUGAUCGAAGACAAUCUGAACUACUUGUUGACGUUUUGGCACGACGCUGGGUAUCCAUUGCAAACGUUCCCGUGGACGCUCACAGGAUGCGGGAGCGUGGCCGAGUUCUUCGAGAGACACGUCAACCGUAUAGUUCCUCUUCUUCUUCGCACCUCGGGCCUCAGCAAAGCCGUGUCCUUUUGCGACGACGCCGGGGUAGCGUUCGCCGACGUCUUCGAAGAUAUCUUCCCGGCCUGCUUCGUCUGGAUGAUAUCCCGCGUAUGCAACCCAGCCUCGGUCGACGGCGUCGCCGUUCAGACGCUGAAGAAGCUGCAGGGGAGCACCGACGAGUUCGCGUCGACACGCAAUUUGACCCGCCUGCUCGCCGACCAGCUGAAGGACGUUUUCGUGGACCUGGUGCAACGGCUGCAUGACGAGAAACACUUCAAGCUUAUGUUCUCCUUCGGAAGCGCGGUGUACUUCCCGGAGGACGACCCGCCGCACUUCUCCGCGGCCAUGCUGGAUCAGUGCUUCGGUCACCUGGAGCAAAGAUACCUGAUGAAGCCGUUGACGCGUCUGCUGGUCGAAGAGCAACCGGCGGUGCUGCAGAGGACGCUGCUGCAGCUGGCGAGCGCCGUGCACUCGUCGCGCUCCUGCGAGCGUAAGCUGAAGAGGCUGCACCAGUACGUGUACUUCUGCCACAAGCUGACGCGAAAUCUCGGGAAGCCGUGCUUCGACAAGAUGGCCGCGUUCUUGGUGAGAGACGUGUGCUACAGCCUGUUGCACUUUACUGGGAGCGACGAGACUCUGUCCGCGGCCUGUUGCAAGUUUCUGGACUUGUUUCUCAGACAAGCACUGCCGACGAGGGCCGCAGAGGUCCGGGAUGUUCUCAGGUUCGUCGUGGCGAACCUGAUCGGCCUGGCGCAGAGCGCGAGCAGCGCCGAAGUCGCUCUGGGCCUGCUUAAGUUCCUCAUAGUGGAGCAGAGGGAAGUUCUGCACGAGUCCGUCGCGAAACUCAGCUCGUUUCCCAACCUCGGGAUCUUCCGGGAGGUAAGGGAGGCUCACGAAGGCGUCAGGUACGCGGACGGGGCGGUGUGUCUCGAGGAAGAGCUGGAGCGUUUCCUCGAAGCCAUAAGCGACGAGAACGCCGAGUGCACGCUUGAGGACCUCGUGAAUUUGACGCAGCAGCUAUCGACGCGGAAGAAGGAGUUGAAGGAGCUGCACCGGAGGCUGGAGAGACCGUAUCCUGAGGGUGGCGUCAAUAUUUUGCAUCAAGUGAUAUUUAAACUGAUGAAGCUGACGGAAUCAUCGAACACGCGCAUUUCGAUGGAAGCCACGAGGUGUCUUGGCGAGUUCGGCCCGACGGACUCCACGGUGGUCUCGCAGCCAUCCGAAAGUCCGGUGCGCGAAGCGGACCACGUGAUAGAAGUUUUGACGUACCGAUCCGUCGCGAUGUUGACAAGCUUCCUGGCGGAGAGUGCGGUGGACCUGCGCAAGGUCAGCGCCGACGCUCUUUAUACGAUGUUCUCCACCACCUACGGCAAGAAACUGUCUGAUCCUGAGUACAUGAAGGACCUGUCGAACAUUUACGAUAAAUGCGCGCCCCUGAAACUAGAGUACAUCCGACCGUUCCUCCACAGCCGUGUCGUCGCGAACAAAUGCUUCUCCGUGAACUUCACGAGAUUCCGGACCAUCAUGGAGCCGCGUAACUCACUGUGGACCAUCAAGAACGGCGAGAGCUACGCCGAAUGGAUCAUUAAGGUCACCUGCGGUGUCGCCGAGUGUUUUGCGGACUCCUACCUGGACAGCUUCCUGCCUGUCUGCCGGCUCAGCGUCAAGUUCUGUGAGCUGAUCCUGCCGAGGAUCAUCUUCCUCAUCAUCGAACGGUGCGAGAACCUCAUCAACACCCUGUGCGACUGCAUCAAUCAGUUCUUCAGGUAUCACUUCGCGAUCGACCAAGAGGCCGGGGCCGCUCGCUGCGACCGCAAUAUCGUGCGCCGCAUGCUGCACGUGGUGAACCACGUGCGAACGCAGCUGCCGGACAACGUGAGCCUGAAGCUCGACUACGUCUACCUCGCGCGAGCGGCGCACGAGUGCUCCGCUUACUACACGGCCCUGCUGUUCGUGCAGUUGGCCUGCGAGUCCUUCUCCACAGAUUACCCCAACUUCAGCAGCGACCCGAAGAUCGACUACAUCUACGAGCACCAGCCGCAGCUCGGCCGCGUGCUGCAGGACAUCAUGCAGGACACUUAUCUGAAUAUCAGCGACCCCGACGCGAUAUGCGGCGCCGGCUCGUCCUAUCUGGUCGACCACAACUCCAGGAUGCAGUACUACGCACGCACCAAUAGCUGGGACAAGGUCAUGCUGGCGCAGGACAUUGAGCUGUCGUACGGCAACCCGCUGGCCCCCAAGGAGAUGUCGAACGCGCUGCACCGCUCCGGCCUGCAGUUCCUCCAGUGGCAGUUUCUCAGGGGUGACCUGGACGAGAAGUUCGGCUACGAGUGCGCCUGGCGACUCGGCGACUGGGGUCUGCUGGUCAACGAUACCGCCACGAGUUACAACAACUCGACGCUGGAGUCCCUGGAGAACUCGUUUUAUCAGCACCAUUACCACGCCCUGAAGUGCUUCCACGAAGACGACCGGAGGGGAACGGAGAGAGCGCUCGAGUGCGCUCGUAGAAGCGUAAUCAGUUCCCUGAGAGUCAUCAGUCUGGAGAGCAGCAAGACCGUCAACGAGAAGCUGUCCCAGCUGCGGCUGCUACGCGAGAUCGAGCAGCUGAGCGGCCUCACCGAUUCGCGGACGUACCCAGAAGUAUUGCAGCGCUGGGACGAGCACGAGAUACUGAACGGUCAGUUCGAGUACGUGGAGCCGAUCCUGCAACAGCGUAUCAUCAUGUUCCGGAUCAAGGAGUCCCUGAAGACGGACCCGAACAUACAGGAGGCGUUCUUCACGACCUGCCUGGACCUGGCGAUGGUAGCCGAGUGUCAGGGUAACUUCCCGGUCGCCGCCAGGGCGCUGGGCGUCUUGGCGAAACACCAGGACCUGUCGGAGGACUUCCAGAACCAACUGCUCUAUCAGGAAUCUCUCCUCGCGUGGAUGACGCGCGACCAGAAGAUAGCGCGCCGUUUGUUGCGCGACCUGAUCGAGAAGAGGAACAUGAAAGCGAGUUUAAAAGCGAAGGCUCUUCGGGUUUACGGCGAUUGGAUGGCGGAGACCAAGUCGGAGAACCCGCAGGCGGUGAUACAAAAGUAUUACCUGGAGUCGAUCAAGAGUCUUGAGACCAGCGACGCUAUCGACGAACGGACGCCUGAUGUUGUGAAAAACUUGAACGACACGCAGGUCGCACUGGCGCGUUUCGCAGACGCGCAGUACGAGCAGAUCAGCGACUACAUGAGAUCCUCGGCGUACGAGUCCCUCAAGGAGUACGCCCGCUCUGCGGUCAAAGUGAACACCGCGCAGAUGAACCAAGACCUUAAACGCGCUGUGGUACUCAGCCAGAGGCAGUCGACGAACGAUGAGGCCGAGCUGGAGAGUAUCAAACGGGAGAGACGCAACUACCUGUCGCAGGCCUUCAAGUACUACCUGAGGACUCUGCAGAGCAGCGAGGAACACAAUCUCCUCAUCUUCCGGCUAGUGUCGCUCUGGCUGGACAACAUGUUCGGCGAGGAAGUGAACGAGUUCCUGAAUGAGCUGGACACCGUGCCAUCUUUCAAGUUCGUCCCGCUGGUGCCGCAACUGGCUGCUCAUAUCAGCAACGAUCUGAAAAACGGAUUCUCCGCGAAGAUCUUCGACAUUCUCCUGCGUUGCGCCCGGGAACACCCGUAUCACACGCUGCCGGUGGUGCUGGCUCUGAAAAAUUUGCAUACCGACAACGAGUUCGACUCGAAUAUUGUGACGAAGAAGGAGGAACGUCGCGUGUUGGGCGCCAAGGAGCUUCUCAAACGAUUGGCCAAACUCCCACAGGUGUCGCCGAUUAUCUACGAAAUGGAGAUCCUGUCGAGGGCCUUGGUGAGUCUGGCCUAUUGGCAGCCAAAGGGCAACGGCCAGCCUGGGAAACGCCAGCAGAUACCGCUGGACCAGCCGAUCCUCGGGAUCAAGAACCUGAAUAACGUCCUCUUGCCGACUUUGAGCUUGCCUGUGAAACCAUCCUGUAAAUACAGCGACGAAGUAAUCGGCGUGAAGUCGUAUCAGAACAUUUGCGAAUUCGUCGGCGGCAUAAACGCCCCGAAGAAGAUAAUCUGCGUCGGCACCGACGGCGUACUGCGCCGGCAGUUGGUCAAGGGCAAGGACGACCUCAGGCAAGACGCGGUGAUGCAGCAGGUGUUCACCGUGAUAAACACGCUGUUGAGAACGUGCAAGGAGACCAAGCGGCGGAACCUACGGAUCAGAACGUACAAGGUGGUGCCGCUAACGCAAAGGUCGGGCGUGUUGGAGUGGUGCGACAACACAGUGCCGAUCGCGAUGGUCUUGUUGGGCAACCCAAACACUCCUGGUUUGCACAAGAAGUACUACCCGCGCGACAUGAGCGCAGAAGCGGCGAAGAACAAGCUGAGAAACGUCGAAAAAGAAUCGAACGAGGUGAAGCUGAAUGUAUUCCUCAAGUGCUGCAAACAUAUGAGACCGGCAUUCCAGCACUUCUUCGAGGAGAAGUAUCUGUCGCCCGAGAACUGGGUCGAGAGGACCCUCACGUACACGCGCAGCGUCGCCACCACGUCCAUCGCGGGCUACAUUUUGGGUUUGGGCGACAGACACCUGAGUAACAUCCUUAUCGACGAACGGACCGCCGAGGUGGUUCACAUUGACUUCGGAAUAGCCUUUGAGCAGGGCAAGAUCCUGCCCAUUCGGGAAACGAUUCCUUUCAGACUAACCAGGGAUAUCGAGGUUGCCAUGGGUGCAUCCGGCAUCGAGGGUACUAUGAGACGCAGCUGCGAGGUGACCAUGACGAUGUUGCGCGACCAAAAGCAGAUCAUCAUCACUCUCCUGCAAGUUCUGCUCUACGAUCCGCUGUUCACCUGGGCCAUCACGCCCGAGAAGGCGUGCAAGAUGCAGAGCGUGGUCGUGAAAGGCUUCUCCGAGCGCGGACGUGUGCCCGUGGAGACCAAUAAAAUCGCUAAGAGAGCUCUCCUGAGGAUCGAACAGAAGCUGCAGGGGACAGAGGACGGUUUGGUGUCCAGCGUGUCGGGCCAGGUGGAGAGGCUCCUACAGGAAGCCCGGGACCCCGCGAAUUUGUGCCGUGUUUAUUACGGUUGGCAACCGUACUUGUAAAUAUUUUGCAUUUUUUUAUACCGGAUGUAUUACUUUUACCAUGUAGCUUAAUUUAUACUUACCAACUAUACGUUUAUACUUUUCUUAAAUAAAAUAAAAAGUUCGUUAAUUCUGA